CGUUACCAGCUUACCAAAUCCUUCGUGGUUUGGGCCCAUGACAUUGGUGUCUAAAACAAAUCAUUUGCUAAAUUAGAUGCUAUUUAACAGAGCCCGUUUUGGCAGAGCCCGUUUUGACAGACCUGUAUACAUGAAAAUCGUACAUAACAUCGGAACUCCUAAGCUGCUUGCCUAUCAUUAUUAAGCCAUCCACCCUUCCCUUUUCAUAACUAUUUUAUCAUCAUGGGCGCAAAACGAGCCAUCAAGAAGAUCCAGGCCCAGAUCGAGUUCGAGAAUAUGGAUCCAACGUCUGAGUCGGAUGCUAUGGCGGAGGAGAAGUCAUUAUCUCGUCGAAAGAAGAAUCAUACUCCGAAACCUACCAGAGCUACGAAAGCGGCGAAUAAGAGGAGGAAAACACCAACUCCAGAGCCACCUAUAUCUCCCGAAGUUAAUGAUGAAUCUGAGGCAGGAAGCCGAAGGUCAGAUAGUGAAGUCCCGUUUGAAAGCUGGAGUCAAGAGGAGUCGCCUUCACACCCUCCACUACAGCGACCUCAGCAGCAAAAUGAGGCCAAAUCAACGCAAUUACGACCUUCGAGUUCUCCUCCUCCGAAACGCAAAUUUCCUCUUCCGAUUACAGUACACCGUCUGCCUGACCAGCUAUCGGCUUCGCAAAUUAUCGACCGCGGGGGCUCUGCUACACCAGCUCCCAACAAUGGCAAGGCUCCGAGACUGCGCUGGACUGUCACUAUGGAGGAGGAGAUGUUGCAGGAGCUAAAAGUUGUCAAUCAGGAAGGAAAAGGUUCAGAUGGCGGCUUUAAGAAGACGAUUUGGGAACAGGUUGCUAGACGUGUGGGUAAAGCAUAUUCCGGCCCUGCGAAGGUUGAGUUCAAGAACUGCAAAUCGAAGUUUGAAGAUACUUACAAGGCAGAUUGGUCUAAAUGGCAAGAGCACCUUGGCAACGGACUUAGCGGAUGGGGUGACGAUGGUGAAGGGCUACCUCAAGCUGAUCCUGAGACGAUGGAUCGUUACUUUAAUGCCCGUCCUCAUCUAAAGAAGUUGCGUCAUAGCAAACCGAAGUUUCACGAUUUGCUACAGGAUAUUCUUGGUGAUAGGAUGGCGACUGGGGCCUUUGCAAAGGCGUAUGACGAUGAAGCCUUUCAGGUGGAUUCUGACUCUAUGGAAGAGCGCUCGGAUGAGGAAGGUAACAGUGAGAGCGAUUACGGUAUAUUCGGGUCGGCUGAAGCUUCACGGUCGUCAUCAGUUUCGACUGAGCUAUCGAAGUCCACUUCUGGAUCGUCCCAGAAGAUUAAGAAACGUUCAGAGGAUGCUAAGAGCUUUCGAAAGUCGAUUGCAGAGAAGGAGGCAAAACGCCGCAAGCUAAAGCAAUCGAAAUCGUCUCAGAUUAUUAACAGCCUCGGUAACUUUAAAGACGAGGCAGAGGAGCUUGUAAAUAGUAUGAUGAAGGAGUAUAGGGCGGCGAACGAGAAUCUAAUUCGAAAGGCAGUUGCUUUAGCAAAGAAAGAGCUUAGUUCAAAGUGGCGAGAUACGCAGCUAUUUCAAGUUUUUGACCUGCUUCAAAAUGAGGCAAAAGCAGACACGUUUCUAGAGUUAGAUGAUGCUGAACAGAGGGUUAGCUGGGUUGAAUACGAGCUACAGAAGGCCGGCGUACAGUUCUGA